AUGUUGUCGGAUAAGCGCGUGGCUGUGACUGGCGAAUGUGAGGAGGUUAGGUUGAAAGUGGUAGGAUUUGAUUGGAAGGCUCUGGCCCAGAUGAUCAGUUUGCUUCCUGCUUUUACCCUUCCUAACGAAGCAGAGCACGUGCUCCCAUCACGUCCAACAAGGGAAUUGUUCCUUUGCUACCAAAACAAGGAAGAAGAAAGAGUUCGCUCUCCUAAGAAUUCAUGGGCAGAUUUGGCUGCGAAUUCUGCAGCUGAGAAUGCAUAUGCUGGUUCUUCUGCUAACAAUGGAAGUGUAGGUACUACUUCUGCAGCUGCCCCUUCCCGAUCCACAUACGUCCCUCCUCAUCUCCGCAACCGUGCACCAUCCUCUGACCCACCAGUGGCUGCCUACAGUGGGCCUGCAUCAAGUUACGAUCGUUCUGGGUAUGGUGGUGGUUCUCGCUGGGGGGCUCCAAGGAAUGACUACCGUGGUGGGCAUGGUAGUGGUGGUGGGAGAGUUGGUGGGUGGGGAAAUAGAGGUGGUUGGGAUCGUGGGAGAGAGCGGGAAGUGAAUCCUUUUGGAGAUGAUGAUGAAACAGAGGAGCCAUUUAGUGAGCAAGAGAAUACUGGCAUUAAUUUUGAUGCAUAUGAGGAUAUUCCAGUCGAGACAAGUGGGAACAAUGUGCCACCACCUGUAAAUACCUUUGCGGAGAUUGAUUUGGGUGACGCGUUGAAUCACAACAUCCGUAGGUGCAAGUAUGUGAAGCCCACACCCGUGCAACGACAUGCCAUUCCAAUCUCUCUUUCAGGUCGGGACUUGAUGGCCUGUGCCCAGACUGGUUCUGGGAAAACUGCUGCUUUCUGUUUCCCGAUUAUUAGUGGAAUUAUGAAAAUGCAAGGUCAGAGUGCACAAAGGCCGCCUCGUGGAGCACGUACUGUGUACCCACUAGCUCUUAUUCUUUCUCCAACCAGAGAGCUUUCCAUGCAGAUACAUGAGGAAGCUAGGAAAUUCUCAUAUCAAACUGGUGUUAAAGUGGUUGUUGCUUAUGGAGGAGCGCCGAUUCACCAACAGCUGCGGGAACUGGAGAGAGGUGUUGAUAUUCUGGUGGCAACUCCAGGAAGAUUGGUAGAUUUGUUGGAGAGGGCUAGAGUUUCAUUGCAGAUGAUCAAGUAUUUGGCCUUAGAUGAGGCAGAUCGGAUGCUGGAUAUGGGUUUUGAGCCUCAAAUAAGGAAAAUUGUGGAACAAAUGGACAUGCCUCCACCUGGUUUAAGGCAGACAAUGCUGUUCAGUGCUACAUUUCCAAAAGAGAUACAGAGACUAGCUUCUGACUUUUUGGCAUCUUACAUCUUUUUGGCUGUUGGACGAGUGGGCUCAAGUACAGAUUUGAUUGUCCAAAGAGUUGAAUUUGUUCACGAGUCUGACAAAAGAAGUCACCUCAUGGACCUUCUUCAUGCACAGCGGGCAAAUGGUGUUCAGGCCAAGCAAUCUUUGACAUUAGUAUUUGUGGAGACUAAGAAGGGUGCUGAUUCACUUGAGCAUUGGCUAUGCAUUAACGGUUUCCCUGCUACUAGUAUACAUGGUGAUAGAUCACAACAGGUAUUCUUUUUCUUCAUUGCUGUAGGUAUUCUUUCACACAUAUCUAUUUCAAUUCGAACAUAUUAUCUCAUGGUUUUGAUUUUGAUUGCUGAAAUCUUUGAUUGGGACCUUUCUAUAACUGUUGGUCAUGUGAAGGGAUUAGCUGGGACAGAAUUUUCUAAUGUUUUUGUUUGUUUGGGGGAAGGGGCAGUUGGUGUCUGUCUGGCAUUGCCAGGGUUUGCUACUGACAGUUUUAGACUUAUAGCAACUGGCGAAAGAGAACAGGCAUUGCGCUCAUUUAAAACUGGCAACACUCCUAUCUUGGUGGCAACUGAUGUUGCAGCACGUGGUCUUGAUAUACCUCAUGUUGCACAUGUGGUGAACUUUGAUCUCCCAAAUGAUAUUGAUGAUUACGUCCAUCGUAUCGGACGUACUGGACGUGCUGGAAAAUCUGGUCUGGCGACCGCCUUCUUCAAUGAGGGCAAUGCAUCAAUGGCAAGGUCAUUAUCUGAACUAAUGCAGGAAGCAAAUCAAGAAGUACCUGCUUGGCUCUCUCGAUAUGCAGCUCGUGCUACUUUUGGUGGAGGGAAGAACCGUCGUUCUGGGGGAGGUCGAUUUGGUGGCCGUGACUUUCGAAGGGAUUCGUCUUUCAGCAGGGGCAAUUCAGAUUAUUAUGGUGGAGGAAGCAGUGGCGGAUAUGGAGGGGCUUCGGGUGGUGGGUAUGGUGGUGGAGGUUACGGUGGUGGAGGCUAUGGUCCUGGGGCGACCAGUGCCUGGGAUUAA